GCCCCUCGUCUCUGAGGUGCGGGUGGGGAUUUUUGGACCUCACCUGAGGAGGCCUUUGCGCUCCUUCGGCCCCACCGCGAUGAAGGCAGGACCCGCAGGGUCGGCGGAGAAGGCCAGUAACUUAAAAUGCAGAGUGGAGCCACUGAACUUCACUGGUAUCUAAAGCCAUACUGCCAAUAGACAAAAAAUGCAGAGCAGCUCCUGCCCCUUGGCUCAAAAUGUCAGUCACUGGGAGAAGGCAGUUACUUCUGAUGGGUGUUCACAGGGAUUUGGCCCCCUUGAGGAGACCUGUCCUGAGCAGCAGGCCCUAGAAGUCCUACCUGGAGAGAGACGGGACUGGAUGUGGGUACAUGAUUCACCUAGCAGAGAGAAGGUCACAGUAGUGAUGGGAGAUGAAGAGCGAGAUCUGGAUGGAGAAGAAUGGGUUCCAUCCAGUGCCCAGGAAGGGGAGAGCUUGGCAUGUGAGAAGAUUUUGGCAUCAGCUUUCGAUGCACGAGUUAUUCAACAUUGGCCCAUAGUCAUCCAGCCUGAAAAUGUCAUUCCUUUUUCUUGGGUCCUUCAAAAGAGAGGUGGGGAGCUAGCAGUCAUUCCUGCUUAUAAGACAAUGUUUGACCUGGAGACACAGGGGAAGAGAAGGGGCUGCUGGAUGUUGAUGUACCUGGGAAAGCUGGGUGAAAGGAAUGGGAAGAGAAACGUCCACCUGGUCUGGACAGGAAUAGGCCAUGGUCAACCACAGCUCCCUGGUGGACUUCCUCCUUCUGGGCUUCUCUGAACACCCAGGGCUUGAAAGAAUCCUCUUCGUGGUUGUCUUGAUUUCUUACCUCCUGACUCUAGUGGGCAUACUCAUCAUCCUGCUGUCCAUGCUGGACCCCAGGCUCCACUCCCCAAUGUACUUUUUCCUCUCCAACCUCUCCGUCCUGGACCUCUGCAUCACUAAAAGUUUUGUUCCCCAGAUGCUGGUCAACCUCUGGGGCCCAAAGAAGACCAUCAGCUUCCUUGGCUGCUCUGUCCAGCUCUUCAUCUUCCUGUUUCUGGGGACCACUGAGUGUGUCCUCCUAAUAGUGAUGGCCUUUGACCGCUACGUGGCUGUCUGCCAGCCCCUCCACUAUACCGCCGUCAUCCACCCCCGCCUGUGCCGGCAGCUGGCAGCUGUGGCCUGGGUAAUGGGUCUGGUGCAAUCAGUAGUCCAGACACCACCCACCCUCCACCUGCCCUUCUGCCCCCAUCGGCAAAUAGAUGACUUUGUAUGUGAAAUCCCUUCUCUAAUUCAACUCUCUUGUGGAGGCACCACCUACAAUGAAAUUCAGUUAGCUGUGUCCAGUGUCAUCUUCCUGGUCAUGCCACUCACCUUCAUUCUUAUCUCUUAUGGUGCCAUUGCCUGGGCAGUGCUGAGGACUAACUCCGCCAUAGCAUGGAGAAAGGCUUUGGGGACCUGCUCCUCCCAUCUCACUGUGGUCACCAUCUUCUACAGUUUAGUCAUUUCCGUUUACCUCCAGCCCAAAUCCUAUGCCCAGAAGAGGGGCAAGUUCUUUGGUCUCUUCUAUUCCGUGGGCACUCCUUCACUUAACCCUCUCACAUAUACCCUGAGGAACAAGAAGGUAAAGAGAGCACUCAGGAGGCUGCUGGGGAAGGACGAGGACUCCAGGGAGAGCUGA